AUGCCCUCCGACGCUGACACUUCAAGCUCUAGCCCUGGCGAACAUGCCACCAUUGGACAACAAGAGCAAGAAACGGCACUUACAAUGAUGCAAGCCAAGUGCGAAGUUCCAGAGCCUGAGAGAUCUGCUCAAGAGACUAUCCGAGAUUAUCUCUUGGAGAAUGUCGAGGAGUUUCGCCGCCUCCACGAGUUGAGAAGAAAGGGCUGGGAGACAAGUCGAGGUGACGACCACUUCAAGAAACAACGAGCAGUCGCAGAUAAAUGCAGUGCGAGCAGUACAGAUUUCUUCUACACCAUGAUGACGACUAUCGCAAGUGACCUCGAUAAGGCAACUGAUGUUCUGCAUCUGUGGGAAAUCGAACAGCCGGCUUUGCUAGACAUGUGUGUAGCACCAGGUGGCUUCGUUGACACGGCCGCGGCCAUGACCAUGAAUCCUGAUAUUUACAUCAGAGCCAUGAGUCUCCCCGUUGAGCAAGGUGGACACGCCGUGAAGAUCCUCGAUACAAAAGUGGACGUGGAGUAUCGCGACAUCACAACUCUGGCAGCUGAUAUGGGUAUUACCAAAGACGACGUUCCGUUGAACUUUCCAGGGCCAUAUGACUUCCUAUUCGAAAAGGUCUUGGGCGAUAACGAGAAGUUUGAUCUCGUCUUCUGCGAUGGUCAAGUCCUGCGCACUCACCCCCGUGCGGAAUGGCGAGAGCCCCGGGAAGCUACUCGCCUAACUCUUACACAGAUUGCUCUGGGUCUCGAACAUUUGAAGAACGACGGUACGAUGGUGAUUCUGAUGCACAAGCUCGACAGUUGGCGAAGCUUCGACUUGAUCCACCAGUUCAGCAAAAUGGCAACGGUUCAACUGUACAAGCACCACAAGCACCACAAGAUCAGGUCUUCGUUUUAUCUUGUCGCAAAGAACAUUCAAGCUGAAAGUGCCUUUGCGAAGGACAUGGUUGCGAUGUGGAAGCAGAGAUACAAGAUUGCGACAUUUGGUACUGAUGAGGAGUAUGCUGAGAUGCAUCGAGUCACUAGAGAGACUGCGCUGGUAGGGCUUGAGGAGUUUGGGGAGAAGUAUGUUGCAAUGGGGAAGAAGAUUUGGAAGACUCAGGCUGAUGGGUUGGAGAAAGCGCCCUUUUUGGAGCAACACACGAAGGAGCAGAGCAAGCGCUGGACAUGGAAAAUGAGGUGA